AUGGACCCCGAACCUGUUGCGAAUCAGCAACAACUUUACACCUUGUAUGGUGAGGCUAUGGCUGUCCUCAAAGCAGAGCUGGAUGUGAAGAGUGCAGAUGGUCAGCCACAAUUCACAGAUGUUUGUGAAUGGUUGGGUCAGAAGCUAGGCUCCGAUGGGGAGAGGUCGGCUCACCAGGCAAAUCUGGAGCAGCUCUUGGCUAGCUGUGAAGCAGUGGCUGGAGCUGGGGUGACCUCCUUCCAGUCCUCAGUCCCCAGUCCUGCAGACCUCCAGGAGGCCUUCAGUGUUGCAGUCAGCAUUGGGACGACUGUUACCAUGGCAUGCCAUCUUCUCGCCUAUGCUGCGAUGAAGCUUGAUUGGUUGAACAGUCCAACAGUCCUGGACCAUGUCAAGAAGGAUGUGGCGGGCCGAUUGAUGAGCUGUCUCUGCAACUGGGACAUGAUGGACACAUGUGAGAAAACAUUUAAUUUCCAGUUUGAGUUCUUUAACCCGACCAAGCAGCUGAGUGGCAACCUGAAGGUCUCGCCUACCGGUAACCCAGAGAUGUUGCAGAGACUGCAGGCUAAGUGGAAUGGCAAGAUCCAGGAGUAUGUCGACAGGCAGCAGCCACCCCCAAUUCAUCAGUCAUCCAUCUGUGCAGGGUUCCGUGAUUCUGGCAGAGAGUCCCAAGUCUACCUGAUGGCCUGUGUCAUGGUGCACUUUAAGGACCAGAUGAUGAAGGAUAUGAGUCCGGACGAGUACCACAAGAUGAUGUCCCAUUGGCGACUGGGACACUUGGACCAGAAGCUCUUCCCGGAAGUGGCAGCCAUGAGGCCAGACUUCAGCUUGACCGAUUUGGGGCUCCGGAUGCAGCAAGAAGAGGCCAGCAACAGUCUUGCAGUCUUGCAGUCCUCUGACCUGGUGGAGGAUGAAGCUGCUCAGGAGGCAGUGCGCUGUCUGACAAACCUUGCAAGGUCCCUCAAGAGAGAGCAGGAUGAGAUGCGAGGCCAUCGUGUGGCUUUCCAACGACACAUGGUGCAGACAGUGGCAGCCGAAGCCGAGUACCAGAAGUCCAUUGCAGAGGGGGUGGAAAGUGCAUGGGGUGAGCACUCGAUCUACUAUCAGGUGAAUGCCAGCAAGACAUUGGGAGUGGGGCAGGCUUUCGAACAUGCGACACACAGGACACUUGCCAGUCGUUUGAUGCAGGAUGUCAAGCAGAUUCCAGUCAUCACUGUGAUCAACAUUCCCAUGUUGGGUGCUGCUGCAUCAUCAUGUGUGACGGCUAUGGUGGGUCACAUGGCUUCGGAGCUCCAGCAGUCCUGCAGUCUUGCAGUCUACCUGAUCAUUCCACCCAACCAGGUUGCGUUCGGUCGGGCCUGCGUACCCGGCAGUGAGUGUGGCACAGCAGCCAGUGUCGACGAGGGGCGGUCUAUGGCCCCAACAGAAGCUUAA